AUGGAGCAAAGACGUUCUAUGAAUGCCAUGUCAUCCUCCCGAGAUGUCGUCACCGAUUCCGAGUGGGUGUCUGAAAAGGCGAGAGAACAAGAAGCGAGAAAACGUUCACUCUUGAUGGACGACACACUCUUGAUGGACGACAGGUGUCGACUCGGUGACGUUCUGGAGAGACCUUUUCCUUCUUACACCUUGUGUCAACCUUCUCAUCCCCACUAUGAUUCAUUUCAAGAACGUCUGAGGUCUUUUAAAACGUGGCCUCAACAGAUGACCCAGACCCCUUAUGACAUGGUCAUGGCUGGCUAUUUCUAUCCAGGACGAGGGGACUGUGUGACCUGUUAUUGCUGCGGUGUGGCACUCCGCCAAUGGGAAGCCACAGACCAACCCUGGAAAGAACAUCUGAAGCAUGCCAAAGUCCCCUGCGAAUACUUGUGUGUGUUUUGUCCUGAUGGAGAAGUGAACGAAAAAUACAGACGUUUGGUGUCCCAAGAAGCACGGAAACGAAGAGUCGAGUGUCUUGUUCACCCCAAGUGA